AUGGCUCAACCCGACUUAAGCUUUCUCGAUAUCGAAGCGGGACGUCCUCCAAGAGACCUCAGCAAUUUAAAACUGAAUGAAAAUAUCCAAAUCGUUAAAGGAAGUCUAGACGCUCUCGCUCCAAAAGUGAAACAGUUUGUGGUCGAAUGUGCAGACUUGUGCAUGCCGGCAAAGCUUUACGUUUGUGAUGGAAGCAACGAGGAAAAUGACAGUUUGCUUAAAAUGCUACAUGAGGACGAUGUGAUCAAGCCGUUGACUGCUUACAAGAAUAGGUAGAGUUUUAUUCAGUUUAUAAUUAAAAUAUUAAACCAAUUAAUUUCAGAAGAUGGGGCAACUUGUAUUGUCAACUGCAAGUGUUGGGCGAAUUUCUCAAUGUUCUUGUAGGUUUUCUGUAUUUUUUGGAUUGACACCGUAAGUAUUAAAUUUUUAAAAUUAUUUUCAGGAAUGUAAUUUCAGGGGGGGGGGGGUGAAUAGGGAUAUACAAAUCCGCCGAUCCGAUCAAAUUUGAAGCAAAAUCCACGAUCCGACAAUGGUCUUGUCUAAAUUUGAAUCCGCUUAAAGCUCUACUAUGAAGUCACAAUCCAGGAUCCCAACUAAAUUGCAAGCUAAAUCCACAAUCCGAGCCAAAAAAUUAGAUAAAUCCGAACAAUUUUUUCUGUGAAAUCCGACGAUCCGAAAACCUAUCACCCCCCCCCCCCUUUCAGGGAGGGGCUCGACUAUGGGCAGAGAUUGUGACAUUUAAAAAACAAUUGUCAAUAUCCACACCCCAGGCACAAUGACAUUUGUCAAAAGUACCAGCAUUGCACAGUGAACUCUGUGUCUUUUAUCCGGAACGAUAACAUGCGGCAGAAACGUGAAGUCAAUGCUAACGCCACUUCAUGCACGCUGAUUCAUGAUAUACCACGCUGUGAUGGCAUAUAAGGGAACUGAAACUGACAUACUAUAUGGUGUGGGGGGCUGAUGCCACUGCUCACACGAGUCUUCACUUUUUAGCUGCCAAAUGACUGAGUGUUAUCGUUCCGGGUAAAGUAAAAUAAAUUGAGUUAACUGGUAUUGGAUCGUGGGUGGAUGUUUUCUGGACCCAUUCCCUUACCCUGGGGAAUAACACGAGUGUCGAAAUGUAGAACCCACGCAUAACUAAACCCACAGUUGCAUAACUAAAACAUUUUUUGCAAAUAUCAAAUAUCCGCACCGCGGCCGGGGCAAUCUUGAGACUUCACAAUCCUUGCACAAGUGACAUCACAAUCUGCAAAAUUUAUACCCAUUGCACAGCCUUUCCCCCUGCUAUAAACUUUGGCUUAUAAGCUUCAGGCACAGUGUAAUUUAGGAAAUCUUACUUAAUUUAGUUGGUUGGCGCGUACAGACCCACACGAUGUUGCUCGCGUGGAAUCGAAAACUUUCAUCUGUACGGAGAAGAAAGGCGAGACCAUCCCAACGCCAAAAGGUGAUGCGAAAGGACGAGUUGGUCAAUGGAUUGCUCCUGAGAAACUGAAAGAAGAGAUGAGUAAAAGAUUGCCUAAAUGCAUGUCAGGUAUGAAGUAUACUGACAUAAUUACUACUUUAUUUCAUGCAACUUACAGUCUGUGAUAAUAUUUAGUAUGACUAUUUGGAAAUAGCUCACAGCCCAUAGACCGAUUUUCAGAUUCUGCACUGCAUGGGGUAUCAGAGGGCAGGUGAGCAAGGAGACGCAUAGUGCUGCCGAGUUUGGGGUAAGGGGAUAAAGCCCCAGGACAUUUCGAGAUUUUGGUCUUAAUUAUUUAGUUCAAAAUCAGCACAUUUAACUGUCCAAUCCAGUGAGUAGUUCAAUUUCUGGGGGCAUGCGCAAGUUUCUCCAUGUGGGGUGGGGAAAAUGUCUGAGGGAGUGCAAAUAUUUUUUUGUGGGGGGUUGCCCACUGCUUAUUACAAAUGCAAUAUUUGAUUUUGGGAUUUUAUGAGCACAAUCAGGACAUGUCUACCUAGGUUUGGGUUAGGGUUAGGGUUAAGUUAGAGUUAGGUUAGGGUUAGGUUAGGGUUGGUUAGGGUUAGGUUAGGUUAGGUUGAUUUCUUAAAAUCUGUUCUAAAUUUUCAUCAAACUUUAAGGAAAUUUCCAAACUCUGUUUUCUCUCUCAGAAGUUGGUCAUUCUUUCUUUGAUUGUGAAAAUUGUUUAGCUGGAUUACUUCUCCCUUCUCCCUUCAAAUGAAAUGCCUCGCCAAAUGAACAAGAAUCGAAGCAAUUGCAGAAAUUUGGUCAAAAAUGAGAUUGAAAACAAAAUAUUUUACAGGUCGUACAAUGUAUGUUGUUCCGUUCUGUAUGGGACCUCUUGGUUCUCCUCUGUCUAAGGUUGGCAUUGAGCUCACUGAUUCUGCCUAUGUUGCUGUAUGCAUGAGAAUCAUGACUCGCAUGGGUGCGGCUGUCCUCAAACAGCUUGGCGAAGAAACCUUUGUGCGGUGCCUGCAUUCCGAAGGUGUCCCCCUCCCGGCUCCCCCAACAGAGUACCAUUGGCCGUGCAACCCAGAUGAAACGAUGAUCACACACAUUCCGGUUGAUCGAAAGAUCAUCUCAUUCGGAAGUGGCUAUGGCGGAAACUCUCUUCUCGGCAAGAAAUGUUUUGCUCUGAGAAUUGCCUCGGUGAUUGCAAGAGAUGAAGGAUGGUUGGCUGAACAUAUGUUGGUAUGUACUAUGUGUUGAUCUUUCACAAAUUUAUACUUUAAUUUUUAUAGACCUGUUAUUAAAGGGUGUUGGCAAUAAAGAAUUUAGUUUGUCUCAUUUGAAUGAACUUUUGAAACUAUGGCUAAAAUCUUUUUGCAGAUUUAUAUAUAUAUAUAUAUAUAACCUCGUUAAUUAUAGUCUUGAUGACAUCUGUAUAGUGGGGGGUUAGUCUUGUAAAAAUUACUUCUAAGAUGCUAUUUAUAUGGAAGCCGGGCUGGCCCGCUUAGCGAGACAGCCCGGUGAGCGAUAUCUCACUGUGAACAGCGGGCUGGCCCGGUUGCUUGCUUGAAAGAGGCGAGGUUUCACAACUGGGAUGAAAAUUUUCUAUAUAAACACUCGCAAGCGGGCUAGCAUGGGUUGCCUGGAUGAAAGUUAAAAGAUGCAACUGCUAAGUGGGCCAGCCCAGCUUCCACAUAAACAGCCCCUAAGUAAGUUUAAGUAAGUUUUUCAAAAGUGUUUAUUCAAUUUGAAAUUUGAAAUAACAACCACAAUAAUUACUAUAAACAAGUUUUCAUAUUGGGCACUGGGCUGUCAAGAUAAUAGUGUUCUUUGCAAUAAGACAAACUUUUUUUUGCUAAAUGUGUUUUUAAUGUAUUUCUAUUAGGAACUUUAUAUACGAUUGAAAUUUAUGUAUAUCUUUAUGAAUUACCACUGAGUCAAUAGAACCUUUUUGAAUAACAUUUAAGUUGUCAAUUAGAAAAUUACCAGAUUAAUCAAAGCUCCUUAUAUUAAAGAGUGACUAACCCCAAAUAUGAUUUUUGGUAUGUGUAUAUUCGGGUCAUUCUAAGAAGAAAUGUAAUGUACCUUUAUAGUAAGAAACCUCAUCUUGGUCAACUUUUUCACCGUCAAAGUUUCGGGAUAUGAUGUCAAUAGGUGAAUUUUUGGUAUAAAAAACAAAGGAAAACUAAUUUGAAAUUCACCUAAUGAUCAUUCCGGAAACUUUGACAGUGAAAAAGUUGAUGAAGAUGGAUUUUUUUGUUAUAAAGAUCUGAUAUUGCAUUUCCUCUUCGAAUGACCCAAAUAUUACACAUACCAAAAAUCAUAUUAGUGGUUAGUCGCACUUUAAGUAAAUUUAUUAUCUAAUCUAAUUCAAGAUUCUUGGCAUAACCAAUCCUGAAGGCAAGAAGAAAUAUAUUGCAGCCGCUUUCCCAAGCUGCUGUGGCAAGACAAACCUUGCCAUGAUGACCCCCUCUCUCCCAGGCUGGAAAUACGAGUGCGUGGGGGAUGACAUUGCCUGGAUGAGGUAUGAUGACGAGGGUCAUCUCAGGGGCAUCAACCCUGAAGCUGGCUUCUUUGGUGUGGCUCCUGGUACUUCACAUAAGACCAAUCCAAAUGCAUUGACAGCUAUCCAAUCAAAUACGAUUUUCACCAACAUUGCUGAAACUGAUGAUGGACGAUAUUAUUGGGAAGGUACGGAAGACCUUUUGGAUGUACAGGAUUUAAUAUGCUGGUUUUUAAUUUCAUUUGAAGAUCUCAAUAUCAUAUCGGAUUUUGCAUGGGAUUUGGCUCGUACACUCGUAAAAACGCGCAAACAAGUAAACUAGUUGUAACAAGUUUGUUGCCAAACCGAUAUCAGGAUGUGUUCGCACUGCUUGUUCCAAGUCGUUGUGACAAGUCUGGAACAAGUUGUUAUCAUUUUGUUACAAGGUUGAUGACGGUAACACACUUGCUAUAAGUUGUUCCAACAAGACUAAUACAGGCUGUUCGUAACAAGUCGCUACGAGCUUGUUGUCAUCAACUUGUCAACAACUUGUUAAGUGCAGACGUGUUGGAACAACGAGUCUGUUGGCCUCAUCAACCUUGUUACAAGAUUUGUUAAAAACUUGUUCCAGACUUGUUAACAACUGAGAACAAGCAAUGCGAACACAUCUUGUUGACAAGCUGUGAGAUGUUUUCGCGUGUACUCCUUCAUUAUGUCUUGUAUACAGCAAGCGCCAUUCACCUCUGAGAUUUUGGGUUCGAUCCUCACACCUAAUGACACUUAUGUGAAAAGAGUUAGUCAACUCUCUACCGAAAGUCGUGGGUUUUCUCCGGGUGCUCUGGGUUCCUCCCACAGGGAAUGUUGACAGGGUGGGUUAGGAUUAUCGGUUAUCGUUCCAUGUUUCGCGUACCAAUAUAAGUUAGGGUUAGGGGUUAGGGUUAGGUUUAAGGUUAGGGUUAGAGUGUGUAUAUAUGUAUAUGGAGGUAUCCAGUUAACUUUUCAGUACACUAUAAUAUUCAUUACAUAACGUUUACUAUAUUGGUGCGCGAAACAUGGAACGAUUACCGGAUUAUCCCCCUAACUGACCCUUCCACCGUAGUUGUGCUCCGUGAUCAGACAUGAGUCAUAAGGUGGCUGCCAGAGGCGCCCUUACUGUCGUUCCAAUUGAAGUGUUGCUGAAAUAUUGAUUCAAUACAUUACCUCUGGCUGACCAAUUCAUUUCAUCAAGUUCCUCGAGAUAUUCAUACACUUCCUGUGAAAGAGCCAAUUCCAAGUAUUUGAUCAUUUCUGGUCACUUCCUUUCUAUUUAUGAUUGGUUAGUUGCACAAACGACAAAGGUGAUUUGUGCAUUCAAACUAUUCAACAGGAAGUUUACAAUUAUACUAGGAAGUGUAUGAAUAUCUGGAGGAACUUGAUGAAAUGAAUUGGUCAGCCCGAGGUAAUGUAUUGAAUCAAUAUUUGAGCAACACUUCAAUUGGAACGACAGUAAUUAAGCCGGUUUUCCACUACUUGCGAAUUUUUUCGCGCGAAGUGAAUUUUUCAUUUGUCUUUGGUUUCUCAACUGGAACCAUCUGGAACUAAUUGGAUAAAGACAAAGGAAAAAUUCGCUUCGCGCGAAAAAAUUCGCAAGUGGAAAACCGGCUUUAUGCCUAUUUUCCACUCCGUUAUUUCGCCGCCGCUGGCGAAAAAUUUUGACAAAGAAAUCAUUUUUUUACAUUCAUUCGCCGCUGAAGAAACUUGUUCUCCUGCUACAGUUGCUUAAAAUUUCAACUUCUGUUUGACAUUUCGUUGACGGCGCGAAAGAACAACAAAUGAACUUUUUCGGUGGCGAAAUACGUGAGUGGAAAACGGGCUUUAGUAAGCCUUCGACUGGGUCAGGUUGAGCUGCGUCCUUCGCAAUUCAGCUUAGCUCUCAGCUGCAAGUAAGGAUGAUUUGCACACACCCACUUACAGUACUUACUCUACUUUCUCCUGUUAGGCCUUGAAGACGAGUUCCCCGACAUUGACAAGCUGACAAUCACCGACUGGUUGGGCGAAAAGUGGGCGAAAGACUCCGGUAAGAAAGCCGCGCAUCCAAAUUCUCGUUUCUGUGCACCAGUCUCCCAAUGUCCAAUCAUCGAUCCUGACUGGGAAAAACCUGCCGGUGUUCCAGUCGAGGCUAUCCUCUUCGGAGGCCGAAGACCCGAUGGUGUUCCGUUGAUUUACGAAUCCUUCGAUUGGGAACACGGCGUCUUCCUUGGCGCAUGCGUGAAAUCGGAAGCGACAGCAGCCGCUGAAUACAAAGGUCGCGCCGUUAUGCACGAUCCGUUUGCCAUGAGGCCAUUCUUCGGAUAUAAUAUUGGUCACUAUAUUCAACAUUGGUUGGAUAUGAAAAAGAGGCCCAAUGCCAAACUACCCAAGAUCUUCCAUGUUAACUGGUUCCGACAAGAGGACAAUAAAUUUUUAUGGCCAGGUAAGGACUUUAAAUUUGUAAUAAAAUUUCGAAGCAAAAACUGUAUAUAUAUAGAAGAUUUUUGUAUUCAAAUUCCAGGGGCGCAUCUAGCCCCACCUGCAAGAAGGUGUGCAGGUUUUCCAUGGGGUGGUGCAUGAGGGAGUCUUACUGCCCACUUUCCUCUGCAGUCUGUAACGCUACUAUCCCAACAUUACCAUUAUUUGAGAUGGCCAAAUCUGCAUGUUUGCCGUUCUGUUACGUUUUACAUUAUCUUUUGUUUGUAAAGUUUAUAUCGGCUAUUUACGUGUGCGCGACUACACAGUUGCUGUAGCACAGUACAGUAUAUGGUGGACUUCUCUAAGGGGAUCCCCCACCCUGCAUCCCACGUUAAAUUCUCCCCUGGUUGCGAAAAUGCUAACUUUAUAUUUAGUAAUAUAUUAAACUUUUGUCUUCAAUUUGACAGGUUUUGGCGAGAACUCGCGUGUUUUGGAGUGGAUUUUCAAACGUUGUGACGGCGAAGACAUUGCUGAAAAGAAGGCGAUUGGCUUCGUUCCCAAACCCGGAACCAUCAACACCGAAGGAAUCGACGUUUCCAAGGAAACCAUGGAGAAACUGCUGACCACUGACAAGGAGUUCCUGCUCAACGAAGUGAAAGAGCUUAAAAAUUUCUUUGAUGUUCAAAUAAACGACGAUUUGCCAAAAGAAAUGUGGGACCAAUUGAAACAGCUUGAGGAGCGUGCUAAUGCUAUAUAA